GAGGAGUAAAUCAGUGUCGGAGACUCUGACGCGGAAGAGGAAUCUUCCCCGGAGAAGGAGGAGGAAUCUUGCGGGGAGAAGGAAGAGGAAACCCGGACUGAGAGCAGCGUCUGUCGGCCUCUCACACUUGUUGACUCCCGCGUGUCCUCGGCCCGGCGUCUGGACUCCUUCCAGCCGGGUGUCGUGUGCUGGUCCCGGUGUGGAGCCGCUGGAUCCAGGCUGUGACCGGAACAUUUCUUUAAUCUCCCCAGCUUCGCUGAGCGGGGAGCCCCGCGGAUCACACCGAGCCCGGAGCCCUCCUCCCCGCUCCGCAGGGUGGCACCGCUGUCUCCGGGCGGAGGAGCUCUGAUCUCGGGGAGCUGGACGCGCUCUUCACCGCGAGAACACGUCGAGCUGAGGCGAAGCUCGUCGGCGCUGCGGCUCCAUGUUGAGGCGGGAAGCGACCGGACACACGCAGCCCGAGGAGCCGGGUCCAGCCCACAGGUCCAGCCGCGGGGACACGUCCUCUCUCGGGGUAAAUAACAGGAAACUGUUGGCUCGGCCUCUUUUCUUGGACCCGUAAAAUUAGCUUCUGAAGCGGGGACAGCUCCGGGACACACCGAGCAGGAGACCCGCCUCUCGGGCUGGAGACUCUCCUACAGACCCGGGUCUCUGCACCAGGACCGAGCCUCGACCUGUGCGGUCCUCCCCCUGUCGGUGACCGAGUGAGUGUGGACAGACAUGGCGGACUCAGGCCGGAGCGGACCGGCGGACCCCGAGGCCGCGGACGGCCGCUCGGAGAGCCCGCUGGCCGUGAGGAAGAGGGGGCAGCAGUCCCCGGGGCUCCGGGCCCGGCACCAGAGCUCCGCGCCGGGCCACUGCUUCAGGAGGGUCACGCUGACCAAACCCACCUUCUGCCACAGCUGCAGCGACUUCAUCUGGGGCCUCGUGGGCUUCCUGUGUGAAGUGUGUAACUUCAUGUGUCAUGAGAAAUGUCUGAAGACGCUGAGAUCGGUUUGUUCCUGCGUGACUGCGUGUGCAGUCCGGGUGCCAGUGGCUCACUGCUUCGGUCCGGCAGGUCCGAAGAAACGUUUCUGCUGCGUCUGCAGGAAACACACGGAGGGAAACACGGCGCUGCGCUGUGAAGUGUGUGAGCUGCAUGUCCAUGCUGACUGUGCCACGUUCACCUGUGCCGACUGUCGCCGCUGUCACCUGGACGGGACCCUGGAGCAGGAUACGAUUCCCCACCACUGGAGGGAGGGUAACCUGGCGUCAGCAGCGAGGUGUGAGGCGUGCCGGCGCUCCUGCGGCUCGUCCGACGUUCUGGCGGGGAUGAGGUGUGAGUGGUGCGGCAUCACGAGCCAUGCGGCGUGUUACCUCAGCGUGCCACCAGAGUGCACUGUGGGACGUCUGCACGGCAUGCUGCUGCAUCCGGCCUGCGUCCAGCUCGACUCCAGGAACUUCAGCAAGAUGCACUGCUACCGUAUCACAGAGAGCUGCAGCCACGAGCUGGAUAACUCAGAUGACGUUGAUCCGGCUGCAGUCGCCUCUAAAGACGUUCAGCCGGCCGCUGCGGAGUCAGGUAAGCAGUUUCUCAAGGUGUUUGACGGGGAUGAUGCAGUCAAACGUAGCUACUUCAGGCUGGUCUCCAUUUUUCGAGCCACAAGGAACGAGGAAGUUGUGGAGGCGGCACUGAGGACCUUCUACCUCCCAGAUGAACCUCAGGACUUCGAGCUGCACGAGGUCGGCGGUCUGCAGCGUCUCCAUAGCGACGACAUCCUGAACCGUAAUGGCGGUCCAGACAACAGGAGCUCUCUGAAGGACGGAGGCGACGCCUGGCUGCUGAGGCCCAAACCCCGAGGAGCCGAGGUCAUCAAGGUGCACGCCGGCUGGCCCAGGUCGGGUGCAGCUUUCGUACGUGUCUCCGUCUCUAAGGACGCCACGGCAGCUUCAGUCCUCACUGAGGUCCUCAGUCAGCUGGACAGACAGGAGGAGGACGAGUCCAGCUUCAGUCUUCUGGAGGUCUUCAUGAGCAGCAAGCAAGUGCAGAGACAGACGUUGACGCCUCAGGAGAAGAUGCUGGACAAACUGCAGGAGAUCAGGAAGUUGUCUCUGCGACAGAUGAACCAGACUCGGUUCUACGUCGUGGCGAACAGGAAGCGGGCGGUGCAGGUCAACCUGCUGAUUGGAGGACUGCCCCCCCUGCUGGCCAGAGAGGAGUACGUCCAGCUGAUCCAGGAACAGCUGACCAUCAAGAGUCACCUGGUCACCAUCACCCACAUCUACCCCAGUCAAGGUGCGGUGGUGCUGCAGGUCUCGUGUUUCUCUGAAGCAGAGAGGAUCUACAUGUUGGCUAAAGACACGUCUGUCAGCAACAAGACGCUGACAUCACUCGUCAUCCCGGAGAUCUUGCACAACAAACUGGCUGAAGACGUCUGCCCCCUGCUGGUGUUUGUCAACCCGAAGAGCGGAGGCCUGAAAGGCCGCGAGCUCCUCUACAGCUUCAGGAAACUCCUGAACCCUCAUCAGGUCUUUGACAUUUCCAACGGAGGACUGCUGGCUGGUCUCCACACCUUCAGGGAGGUUCCCAGGUUCCGGGUGCUGGUCUGUGGGGGUGAUGGGACGCUGGGCUGGGUGCUGGGAGUCCUGGAGGCCGUCCGACACAAACUGGUCUGUCGAGAGCCGCCCAUCGGCAUCGUGCCUCUGGGAACAGGUAAUGACUUGGCUCGUAUCCUGCGUUGGGGGCCGGGUUACAGCGGCGAGGACCCCCACCACAUCCUGGUCUCUGUGGACGAAGCAGACGAGGUUCUGAUGGACCGGUGGACCAUCCUGCUGGACGCUCAGGACAUGUCUGAGGACGGACAAGACAACGGCUUCCUUGAGCCGCCCAAGAUUGUACAGAUGAACAACUACUUUGGUUUGGGCAUCGACGCAGAGCUCAGCCUGGACUUCCACACGGCCCGAGAGGACGAGCCCGAUAAGUUCACCAGCAGGUUCCAUAACAAAGGAGUGUAUGUGAAGGUUGGUCUUCAGAAGAUCAUCAACACCAGGAGUCUCCACAAUGAGCUGCAGCUUCAGGUGGACUCUCAGAACGUCCCACUGCCGAACAUAGAGGGACUGAUCUUCCUCAAUAUCCCCAGUUGGGGUUCAGGCGCUGACCUUUGGGGGACAGAGGUCGACGGUCGCUAUGGGAGACCGAGCAUCGAUGACGGAUUGCUGGAGGUGGUGGGGGUCACGGGGGUCGUCCACAUGGGCCAGGUGCAGAGUGGCCUCCGAUCUGGGAUCCGUAUUGCUCAAGGGAACUACAUCAGGCUGACGGUCAGUAAGCCCCUACCGGUGCAGGUGGAUGGAGAACCGUGGCUCCAGCCGCCGGGUCACAUCAUCAUCUCUGCCGCUGGACCAAAGGUCCGGAUGCUGAGGAAGUCCAGGCAGAAGCAGAAGAAGUCCUCAGCUGGAGCGAAGGACGUUCGCUCACAGAGUCCGUCCUCCAGAGACGCUGGACACUUUUAAAGAGUGAUGAGCAGCUACACAGUCGUUAUGAGCUCGAGGCUCUCAUCAGAAAUUAUGAACAAACCGAAUCAAACCCUCCAGAUGAUUGUGAGGUUUUUAAGAAGCUGCAAACACGUUAUGAU